GACCCCGCGGCGGCGCCGGCAACAAGAUGGCGGCGCCCAGCACCGGGGGCCCCGGCGGCGGGGCCUACAACAAGAUGGCGGCGCCCGCGUCCCGCUGAGGCCCGGCCCUUAGCAACCAUGGCGCUGCUGCUGCUGCUGCGCGGCCUGCGCCUGGCCCUGGACGUGCUGCUGCUGCUGCUCGACCUCAACUUCUUCCUCGUCUCCUCGCUGCUCGCCUCGCUGCUCUGGCUCCUGGCCGCCAUCGCCGCCUUGCCCGCAGCCUGCUGGCACGGGCUGCUGUGGGCGGCGGGCGGCUCGGCCCAGGCGGUGACGGGGGUGCUGAGGGGGUGCUGGGCCUCCAUGGAGGGGGCGAAGGCGCUGGGGCAGCUCCUGGCGCUGCGGGGCAGGGAGGCGCUGAGGCAGGGCGUCGCGGGGCUGCUGGGCUCGGGGCAGGCGGCGCUGAGGCAGGCGUGCGAGGGGGCGGCCAUCGCCGGGAGCCUGCUGGCCUACCUGGUCAACAGCACGGUGAACAUGGCGCUGCUGGGCGCGCAGAGCCUCGUCACCCUGCUGCUGGCCCUGUGGGACGCCGUCGUCACCCCCCUGGUGCGCCUGGCCGAGCUGCUGGCCGCCUGCCUGGCGCACGUCUCCAGCAGCGCCAUCGCGCUCUCCAUCCUGCUCUGGUCGCCCUGCCAGCUGGCCUGCGAGACGCUGGCUUCCUUCGCCGAGCUGCUGGUCGGGGUGUUUUUCGUCAAUAUUUACGGGCUGGGGCUGCUCCUCGUCAUCGUCGGCGUCGGAGCCGUCGUCUUCAACCCCGGCGUGCCGUGGGUGCUGGCGGGCUACCUCCACGCGCUGCCCGCCUACCGCCGCCUGCAGCGGGAGGCGUGGAGGCUCUACCAGGUGGCGGUGCUGAUGCUGGGCAUGGCCCUCACCUCCCAGGCCUGGCGCAGGAUGGUGGACUGGAGCCUGCAGGUCACCAACUGGAGCCGAGGAGGGAGAACGACCAACCGGGACAGCGAGCGGCGAGGGGCGGCCGUGCCCCCACCGAGACUGGCGGCGCUGGGGAGGUGGAUGCUGGCGGUGGCCGGGCAGGAGGAGCAGCCGGACACGGAGCAGGUCCCGCAAGCGCGUCCGGCUUUGGGGCGAAGCUCUGCGGCAGGGCAACGGCUCCAGACACCCAGGGACGAGCCCAGCACCUCCCGAGGGAAAGCUCCGGGGAGAGAGCAGCUGAACGUGGCAGCUGGGGAUGGCGCUCCGGAUGACGACCCCUGGAUGCUCCUGAAAGAACAAGAGGAACGUAAGAAAUGCGUCAUCUGUCAGGACCAAACAAAGACGGUGCUGCUCCUGCCCUGCAGGCACCUGUGCCUGUGCCAGGAGUGCACAGAAGUCCUCCUGCAGCAGGCCAUCUACCAACGCAACUGCCCGCUGUGCCGCCAGAUGAUCCUCCAGACGCUCAACGUGUACUUGUGAACCCCGGGGGAGGGUGGCGUGGGUUUUCCCAGGAGGUCAAGGGGCUGCCCCGAGCAGUUUCCAAAGAACUAAGGGGGUGUUGAAAAGCCGGAGGCUGUCAGGGGCAUCUGUCAGCCACGUUUGGUACGUGACUAGGUUGUAGCUCUUGCUAGCAAGCGCAGUAGGUGAUCUGCAGCAAGCUGAGAGAGGUUUUUGUUGUUGUUGUUGUUGACCACUUUUGCUGUUUCAGAGCCCGUUGCCUGAGCCUGCAGCGGUCCAAAUCCAAAAGCAGAGCGCAGAAAGACGCUCUGCUCCCUCCUAGCCAAAGCUGAUGGAAAGGGUGAAGGCUCAGCCCCCCUGGGAAUCACUGGGACUAGUGCAAGGCAGGGGAGGGUUUUUUUUGUUUGUUUUUCCUUUUUUUUUUUUUUUCUAUUGAGGUUUGGCCAAAAAACUACCUGGCAGACUGCAUUUACAGCUGUUUCUUCCUUCUGCCACUUAAGUGCGGCAGCUCCCAGCGCAGGGAACAGCGUGCCCCUUGUGCAAGGCUCUCGGCAAGCACACUCCAGCUUUCCUGGCCAGAUAACACACCUCCCUCCAGGCUCCCUGAGCUGGGCACGCUUGCCUUUUCCCAGGGGGUGACUUUGGGAGGGAAGGGGGCUCCCCAAUCCUCCGUGAGCCCCCUGAGACAUUCCAGCCCCAGGCACAAGCGCUGCGGACCUACAGCCACGUGCAUGGAGCGGUACCAGGACCACAGCUAGGUCUGAUGAGGGCAGGUUGGGCGCUUCUGUUUUGUCUUUGCUGCCUGUCUGAAAUGUGAAACGCAACUGGUUUUGUUGAAAAAGGGCCCCGCGAAGCCUCACGGGGCCCUCUGCACCUCGCUGGGGAGGGCUGAGGUGCCUCGU